AUGUUUCGUAAAAUAAUAGACUUUUGUGUGAAGAAUGGUUUUCUCAAGUUAACUGAGAAUUCGCUUCCUAAUGAGAUUCAAAUAGAAGUAGGGUUGCCAGGUGCUCUUUUAGAAGAGAAUUUGAAAAGGGAAUGGUUUGACAAUUUUUUGAAUAGUAAAGAAAUUCCAGUUUUUUAUAAUAAAGGUGAUUUCAAGGAUACUUAUAUUCAGGCUAAGAAAUUAAUGAUGAAUGUAAUGCCAUUUGGGAUCAUAGAGUUGAAAUCAUUUGUUAAUAAAUCACGCAAUAAAGAAAAUUCUUUGUUAAUCGGAACUGAUUCAAGUGAGUUAUCUUCCAGUUUCUCUGAUUACUUCAUGAAUGAUUCUAGGUUAUUGUAUACAAUUUUUUUGCCUCCUACCACGGCAAACCAAUCGUUUCAUCAAAUACAGAGACAGAGAAAAAUCUGGUGGCGAAAGAUUUCAGCUUCGCCAGGGCGAUAUACCUUAGGUGACAUCCAGAAUGGAGAAACCACUCUUGAUGCAUCUUAUAGCUCGGUGAAUAUUUAUGCUAAAUAUCCUUGGGGAAAUCAAUUACUUGAAUCUAUAAAGUCGUAUUCAAACAGGUAUCCUGGGUUGAGUCAUGCUGAUUCACUGAUUAGAGAUGGAAGGAAAGAAGUACCAGCUGUAUAUAUACAGUGUGAAACCAGCCUAUCGAACCUUUUCCUUAACUCUUUGUGUGAUGCCUAUGAAGAACCAGUCUUUCAAGGUGAAAAAAGACCUUUACUCAGGUUUCAUAGGAAGAUUGCUCCGUUCAAAAUCAGUUUUUCCCUGCCCUCUUCAUCGAAUACAGAAUUAUUUAAAGAACUUCAAGGCCUGGCUCUGUAUCUGACAAAAUUGUUGAGAAAUAAUUAUAUCACAACCUUGCUUCUUCCUUCUAACGCUAGGAAAACAUUGGACGCUCAGUAUAAGCAAUAUGACGAAUUGGGCAUCCCAUUCAAUGUUCACCUGAACGAAGCUACAUUGAAAGAUGGAAUCGCUUGGUUGCGCAGCCGUGAUACAACCUUGAAGGAGCAAGUACAUGUUGCAGAGCUAGUGAGAUACAUCGAAAAGAUCUAUAAGAAUUUUUGAGUUGAGUGAAAUUUAUAUCUAUUCUUUAAUGAAAUAUGUUAUUUCAGAUAUUUUUUCGUAAACAAUGCGAAGUGUUUUUC